GCCAGCAGCAUUGAUCGGGUCUGGGUGUUGAGAUCAGAUCUCAGUGUGUUCAGACUUCAUCACAGUUCACAUCAGACCUCCACCUCAUCAUCAUGAAGUCCUUCAUCUUCCUUCUGUCUCUGGUUCCGGUUCUGCUCUCGGUCCGGGUCUCAGCGGGUCCGAGCUGCGGACCGUGUGACCCGGCUCAGUGCGCUCCGGUCCCGGUGGACGGCUGUGCUGCCGGCUCUCUGCUGGACGCCUGCGGCUGCUGCACCGUGUGCGCCUCCGCGGAGGGAGAGGUGUGCGGUGGGCGCCGCGCGGCAGCGCGCCGCUGCGGCCCCGGGCUGGAGUGCGUCAAAAGCGACGAGGACAAUAAGAAGAAGCUGGGAGUGUGCGUGUGUAAGAGCAACUAUGAGGUCUGCGGCACCGACGGAGUCACGUACAAGAGCGGUUGCGCGCUGAAGAAAGCCAGUGCGAGCGCAGAGAAAGAAGGCAAAGAGCCCAUCAGCGUCCAGAACAAGGGCCGCUGCGCCUCAG